GCAUUCUGGGUAGAGCUAUAUAAGCCAUAACCAUGCUAUGCUCUCUCUCUUUGAACACUACACCUGGGCCACUCCACUCUGCACACCUUGCCUGGACUUCUACACACUGAAAGAAUCUGAAUUCUUCAUCAUGUGGCUUCCUGUGCUGGUGGUGUUGGCCCUCAUCCUCCUGUACAGAUGGUACAGACAGAGUCAGAUACUGGAGAAUCUCUCAGAUAAAUAUGUCUUCAUUACCGGAUGUGACUCAGGAUUUGGGAAUCUGUUGGCAAAGCAGCUGGACAGACGUGGAAUGAAGGUUCUGGCUGCCUGUCUGACAGAGAAAGGAGCUGAGAACCUGAAGAAGGAGACCUCCAGCAGGCUGCAGACUGUAAUGCUGGAUGUUACUGACAGCAAAAGUGUGAGCUCUGCUGCCAAUUGGGUAUCAAUCACUGUUGGAAAUGCAGGACUCUGGGGCGUGGUGAAUAAUGCUGGUUUUAGUUUUGCCCUUGCUCCUAAUGAGUGGCAAAAAGUUGAGGAUUUCUCCAAGGUUCUGAAUGUGAAUUUGCUCGGUAUGAUCAACGUGACGCUGCAUCUUCUGCAACUUGUCCGAAAGGCCCGGGGACGCAUUGUAAAUGUAUCCAGUGCUGCAGGACGACUUUCUAUUAUUGGGGGAGGAUAUUGCCCAUCUAAAUAUGGUGUGGAGGCUUUUACAGACAGCCUAAGAAGGGAAAUGCGUGACUUUGGAGUAAAAGUCUCUAUCGUAGAACCAGGCGGUUUUCUAACUAUGAUGACAAACUCAAUUGAUGGUCAUGGAAAUAACUUGAGGCGCCUGUGGGAAAAUCUCUCUACAGAAGUGAAGGACAGCUAUGGCCAGCGAUACUAUGAUCAAUAUAUGAAACUACUGCAAAGUUUAAUAGCAACAGCUAGCCCAAGAGUUCACAUGGUGUCAGACUGUAUGGAACAUGCUGUGACUGCUGUCUACCCCUGGACAAGAUACUCUCCUGGCUGGGACUGCAAGCUCUACUACCUCCCUAUGUCCUACCUCCCUACUGUCAUAUCUGACUAUGUGCUGUGUCGCUCAGCACCCAAACCAGCUUGUAUGUGAUUGUCAUCCGGUGAUGUAGUCAGAAUCCCGGCAUUGACUAUCCCGCGGAUCACAAUACUGGAAUUCUUAUAGUCGAAAUACAGAGCGUGAAUUUAAGGUUAAGCACUAGAGGGAGGGUUAGGCUGCAGGAGGGGAUGGUUAGGGCUAGGCUGCCAAAGGGGGUGGGGUAGGGUUAGACCAAAGUUUGUGGGGAUCAAGAUGGUCACCUCCGGGAUAUUGUACCCUACCCGGCAUUAGAACACGGAAUAACACUAUUUUAAAAUAGGAUUUAUGUCCCCAUCUGAAAAAUCCACAAACCAGUAAAUAAAUAAACCAACAAAGACUUGUGUUUAAUGCUGAUUUUUAUUUUACUCUGAAAAAAUAUGAACUUGUCGCUAAAAAUUAACAAUGUAUUUUUUGUUUAAGGCCAUUAAAACAUUCAGUUAUCAUCA